CAGAACUGCAGUUCCAGUCCUACCUGCACCACCUAUUGACAAGAAAGUCAACAGGAGAACGUUGAAUUUCAUAUGAAACUGGAUGUGCACCAUGUACAGGCAAAUAAACUCAGUUUGUGUCCUCUGUACAUUUGAGUGGUCUAACUACAGUUUAGUUUUACUAAGAGUUGUUUACAAAAUUACAAAUUUUAUAUGUUACAAGAACCUGAAGUUUCAUUAUUGACCUUGGAAAGAGUAUAAACAAUUCAAAGUCAAGGUCCACUCACAAGCAUUUUUCAGAACUUACAAGUUCAGUGGGUAGUUUGUUCAGUUUACUGUUAGAACAGGUAGUGAGCUCCAGCAGUAGCCUACUGUACUGUGCUGCCCUGUACACAUCUCCAUGAUAACAAAUUGUUUGAAUUAUUAAUAACAUACUAUUAAUAAAACACGUGUUUUAUGUAAGAGACAAUCAUCACUUUGCCACCAACAGAGCCAGAUUAACGUACAGAGGCCCGGGGACAGAAAGGGGUCGCUGGUCCCUGUGGUCACCCUCUCAGUGAAGUGUGAACAGGCCCAGGGAUUCUGUAGACCCGCGUCAGCUGCGUUCUGUGCCCAGUUCCAGCCUAAUCCGUCCUUGGCCACACUACAGCUGUGUAACCACUGUGAUGUUUGCCUGUGCGCUCGUGUCCAUCUGCCAGGGCUUCAGUCCACCACUAGGCUUCCCCUCGGCCUAUCGCUGCUCUCCCGCAUGCUGACGACGAGACCCGGAAGCAUCGAGCUGCCUGCUUUGUUUUGUUUUGGUAGUAGGAGUUGUAUAAGAGAGAGACAGGCAGAGGUCCGUCCGGUGGGGGAGAACCGCUCGCCAGAUGGGGAGAGCCAAACCGGGGAUGGAAGAUGAAGGACCGAUAGCUGACGCCUGUAAAAUGCCGAGUUUUAUCAGUAGUUUCGAGGACGGGAGGGUGAGAUUGUCCCGCAACCCGACGGAAACUUCCCUUGCGGACGGUAAAGUUGAGCGGCCGGUCAGAGAUUUAAACCGACGUGUCACCAGGUCGAAGUCUCGGCUAUCGCUCGACGGGGGAGAGGGGGAGUCGGAGGAGAGGAGCGGCGAGGAGGAGGAGAGGGAUGCGGAGGGCAACAACAACAACAACUGCAACGGCGGAGGAGAGAGAAGGAGGGCGAGCGCUGUCGAGAUUUUGAGGAGGAAUUUCGGGGUUUCAAAGUCUCCCUCUCUCCGUUUAAGUACGAGCAGUCGGAUGCAGUGCGGCGCCGAGCAUGAAAACCACCAGGGAAAUGUUAACAUCGACGUUACUAACGGUCAUGGAAGUGAAUGUGGCGACUGUGAAAAGUCGGACCGAGAAACGGGCGAAGCCGGGACCAAAAACGAGCCAACAUUGAGCGAGUUAACAACCUCGGACGCACAUGUAGUUCAGUGCCAUCAUAUGUGUGAUAAUGACAGCAACUCAGUAAGUUUAGACGAGUCUAUCAGCGUCAAAGAACACGUCUACUGCACUGUUUACUGCAUCGCCAACGACAGUCACCGAAGAGACGUUGAAAUCGUAAACCGUUACGAUGAAACAGUCGCGUCCGACGCACCAGAAAUGGGCUCGGAGACGGGGCGGGAAGCGGGUUCGAGUCCUGAGCCAACGCUGUACACGCUGGACGACCUGGUGGACCCUUUCGGGGACAUAUCCCAUCAGCUGUACAGGGAGCAGGCCGGUGCGGAGAGUGCGCUGCAGAGUUGCCGGGUGUGCCUGGAAGACAAAACCAUCGCACCCCUGCCCUGCUGCAGGAAGGCCGUGUGCGAUGAGUGUCUGAAACUCUACGUCAGCUCCCAGGUACGAGUGGCCAAACCUUUCAUCAGCUGUCCAAUCCCAGAGUGCAGCGGUCAGCUGGAGGAGGGAGUGGUGGUGUCCCAUUUGGCCAGUGAGGAUGUGGCAAAAUAUCAUUACUUUUUGGAGCUGAAUCAGCUGGAUUCGAGCACCAAGCCCUGCCCCCAGUGCAGUCACUUCACCUCUCUGAAGAAGCACAACCCCCACCACUCUGAGCACAAGUACAAGAUCCAGUGUAGCAAUUGCCAGUUUGUGUGGUGCUUUAAAUGCCAUGCUCCCUGGCACAACGGCCUCAAAUGCCGCGACUACAGAAAAGGAGACAAGCUGCUACGAACCUGGGCGAGUGUCAUAGAACACGGACAGAGAAACGCCCAGAAAUGUCCACAGUGCAGGAUCCAUAUUCAGCGUACAGAGGGAUGUGACCAUAUGACCUGCACUCAGUGUAACACAAACUUCUGUUAUCGCUGUGGAGAGCGCUACCGACACCUAAGGUUUUUUGGGGACCACACAUCCAACCUCAGCGUGUUUGGCUGCAAGUAUCGCUAUCUGCCCGAUAAACCUCAUCUGAGACGGCUGAUUAGAGGGUCUGUCUGUGCCACUAAGGUGCUGAUAGCUCCAGUGGUCAUUCUGCUGGUCGUGGUGCUUGGAGCUCUCGCGCUGGUGAUAGGUUUGGUAGUUUUCCCAGUCUACUAUGUGUGUAAGAGGAGGAAGAAGCAGCGCACUCAGGGCUCUGGACGGUGGAUCUGAAACCUGCCCUGCACCACUACAUCCAGACUGCUCACACACACACACACACACACACACACACACACACAGCUUGAAACGACGACACCCACAUUUCCUCAGGGACAGACGUGCCAGCCUG